CUCCACAGCCUCCAGGCCGCCAUUUUGGCUGGAAAGUUUGGAAUUUCCAGCGGAGCGAGCGGCGGUGGGAGGGAGCGCGCGCGGCUGUGAGGGAGUCUCGGGCGCCCGGGUCCACUUCUCCCCUGGGGGCUCCGAGCGGGUAUCGGCCGCCGCCUGAGCUCCGAGGGGGCUGCCCCGUCCCAGCUCCGCUCCGGACCCCCUGGGUCUGGGCUCGUCCUGCUUUCGACUGUGGGGAAAGGCUCCGACGGGACCGGGCAGAGCACGGGCCGCCCCCGCCGCAGCCCCAGCCCGCGCGGUCGGGAUCUGGCUGCUGGUCCUUGUCCCGCGCAAAGUUUGGGAGGGCGGCGGCCGGGCGCACCCUGCCCGAGCCGAGCGGCCGGAGUCCGGCCGUGUCUGGGGUCGCUUCGGGCGCGUGGCUGCUGCUGGGGAGCACCAUGCCUGUCAGGAAGCAAGAUACCCAGCGAGCUCUGCGCCUCCUAGAGGAAUACCGCUCCAAAUUGAGCCAAAGUGAGGACAGACAGCUGAGAAACUCCAUAGAGCGUGUCAUUAGUAUCUUCCAGAGCAACCUUUUCCAGGCUUUGAUAGAUAUUCAAGAAUUUUAUGAAGUGACCUUACUGGACAGUCCAAAAUGUAUUGAUCACUCUAAGCUGUCUGAACCAGUACAACAUGUGAAUACCUGGGAUUUCUCCAGCCUUCCAAGCACAACAGUGACAUCAGAAACACUGCCAAGCAGCCUUAGCCCAAGUAUAGAGAAAUAUAGGUGUCAGGAUGAAGAUACACCUCCACAAGAGCAUACUAAUGAGGUGACUGUUCCAGAGUUGGUUCAUGUAUCAGAGAAGAACCUAUCACAGAUUGAAAAUAUACAUGGAUUUGUUUCCCACUCUCACAUUUCUCCAGUAAAGCCAACAGAAGCUGUUCCUCCCUCUUCUCCCAUUCUCCCUGUGAUCCCUGUCCUGCCAGUCCCUGCUGAGACCACUGUCAUCCCAUCCUCUACAUCACAGGCAAAUGCUUCUCCUGUACUGGUGAAUACAGAUGCUUUGGAGACUCCAGCAUACUCUCAUUCUGCUGGGGACACAGUAUUCAUCCAACACUCUGUUCAGCUGCGCCAGUGUUUCAAGCGCUAUCCCUGGCAACAGUCAAAAUGUGUUAAAGUUAAUGGCACGGAUGCAGACUAUGAAUAUGAAGAAAUUACACUUGAAAGGGGAAAUUCAGGGCUUGGCUUUAGCAUUGCAGGUGGUACGGACAACCCACACAUUGGGGAUGACUCAAGUAUUUUCAUUACAAAAAUCAUAGCAGGGGGUGCAGCUGCUCAGGAUGGAAGAUUACGGGUUAACGAUUGCAUAUUACGAGUAAAUGAAGUGGAUGUUCGUGAUGUGACACACAGCAAAGCAGUUGAAGCAUUAAAGGAGGCAGGAUCCAUUGUGCGGUUGUAUGUCAAAAGAAGAAAACCAGUCACAGAAAAAAUAAUGGAGAUAAAACUUGUGAAAGGGCCGAAAGCAGGACUUGGGUUCAGCAUAGCUGGUGGUGUUGGAAAUCAGCAUAUUCCUGGUGACAACAGUAUCUAUGUAACUAAAAUUAUUGAAGGAGGUGCAGCACAUAAAGAUGGCAAACUUCAGAUUGGAGACAAACUUCUAGCUGUGAACAGUGUUUGCUUAGAAGAAGUUACACAUGAAGAAGCAGUGACUGCCUUAAAAAACACAUCUGAUUUUGUUUAUCUGAAAGUUGCAAAACCCACCAGCAUGUUCAUGAAUGAUAGUUAUGCCCCUCCAGACAUCACAAACUCUUAUUCUCAACCAGUGGAUAACCAUAUCAGUCCAGCUUCCUACUUGGCACAAUCUUUGCCACCAUCAUCACCAGGAAGAUAUUCCCCAAUUCCCAAGGGAAUGGUUGGAGAUGAUGAGAUAACCAGAGAACCUAGAAAAGUUGUCCUACAUCGUGGAUCAACAGGACUUGGUUUCAACAUUGUGGGAGGGGAAGAUGGAGAAGGAAUUUUCAUUUCUUUCAUUCUCGCAGGAGGGCCUGCUGAUCUGAGUGGCGAGCUCAGGAAAGGAGACCGUAUAAUUUCGGUAAAUGGUGUAGACCUUAAAGCUGCAACCCAUGAGCAAGCAGCAGCAGCCUUGAAGAAUGCAGGCCAAGCAGUAACCAUUGUUGCACAAUACCGUCCAGAAGAAUACAGUCGUUUUGAAGCUAAAAUACAUGACUUACGGGAGCAGAUGAUGAACAGUAGCAUUAGCUCAGGAUCAGGAUCUCUGCGGACCAGCCAGAAGAGGUCCCUAUAUGUCAGAGCUCUCUUUGACUACGACAAGACUAAAGACAGUGGCCUUCCCAGCCAGGGACUGAACUUCAAAUUUGGCGACAUCCUCCAUGUCAUUAAUGCUUCUGAUGAUGAAUGGUGGCAGGCACGGCAGGUGACACCAGAUGGAGAAAGUGAUGAAACUGGAGUGAUUCCAAGCAAACGGAGGGUUGAGAAGAAAGAAAGAGCCCGCUUAAAGACAGUGAAAUUUAAUUCCAAAAUGAGAGGCGAUAAAGGGCAGUCAUUCAAUGACAAGCGUAAAAAGAACCUCUUUUCCCGAAAAUUUCCCUUCUACAAGAACAAGGACCAGAGUGAACAAGAAACCAGUGAUAUUGACCAACAUGUAACCUCUAAUGCCAGCGAUAGUGAAAGUAGUUACCGUGGCCAAGAAGAAUACGUCUUGUCUUAUGAACCAGUCAGCCAACAAGAAGUCAAUUACACUCGGCCAGUGAUUGUUUUGGGACCCAUGAAAGACAGAAUAAAUGAUGAUUUAAUCUCAGAAUUUCCAGACAAAUUUGGAUCAUGUGUUCCACAUACUACCAGACCAAAACGAGAUUAUGAAGUGGAUGGCCGGGAUUACCACUUUGUCACCUCUCGAGAGCAAAUGGAGAAGGAUAUUCAGGAUCACAAAUUCAUUGAGGCUGGCCAGUACAACAAUCACCUUUAUGGAACAAGUGUCCAGUCAGUGCGGGAAGUAGCAGAAAAGGGGAAACACUGUAUUCUUGAUGUUUCUGGCAAUGCGAUCAAGAGGUUGCAGAUAGCCCAGCUGUACCCAAUCUCCAUUUUUAUUAAACCCAAAUCAGUGGAAAACAUCAUGGAAAUGAACAAACGUUUAACAGAGGAGCAAGCCAGGAAGACCUUUGAGAGAGCCAUGAAACUGGAGCAAGAAUUUACUGAACAUUUCACAGCUAUUGUCCAAGGAGACACGCUGGAAGAGAUAUACAACCAGGUGAAGCAGAUCAUAGAAGAACAGUCUGGGCCUUACAUCUGGGUACCAGCAAAGGAAAAAUUAUGAAAAUUGGAAGAUUUUUGGUUUUCAUUUUCUAACUGACAUUAGCUACUCAUUGACAACUUGUAACCCUUUUCAGUGGAGCCUGCCUCUAGUUCUUUCCAAUGUGCGUCACACACUAAACAUCGCAUUCUGCAGUUCCCGAAAUUUUCUUACAUUUGGUGUCUCUCUUAGUUUGAAUAAUUGGUAUUAUUGUGUGGUAGUGUUCAUUUGACAUUUUUCAAACAUGAAGGUCGAAUGGCCUGACCAGCUAUUAAGGUAGGGUUGGGGAAUUAUAUGGUAAAAUUCCUUAAUGUUUAAGGGAAAGUACGUUUCAGAGAUUCUCAGAAAAGAUUUGUGUACAUUCUUUUAAAAUCUCAUAGCAUAUAAAAGAAAAGUCAUCUUACCCAAUGAUGUAAAUUGUGAGCAGCUUUGCACACCUAAUUAUAAUAGCAUGGGUUGGCCUAGGCAUUUAAUUUCAAGUUUUAGUUUGUGGGUUGACUUUCUGUUGUCACAGCAAAUAUUUUUCUUUAUAGGCAGUUAAUGUAACUUUUUUUAAAUUUCCAAAUUAAUGUAUUCAUUAACUUCUUUAAUUCACAAGGGAUAUUCAUUUUCAAAAUUUCAUAAUGAUAUUCUUAUAGUCUAUUUUUAUUCAUUUUUUGCAUAUACAGUUGCUAGGGAUAAAGAUAUUUAAUGUUUUUAAUCUUACUCAUGCAACACUAUUUACUGUGUCUUACAAAAGUUGUUUAUAGAUAAUGGUCAUCACUCUUUUCUGAGUCGAAAACAUGUUUAGGUGCUAGGGAAGCUUGUAUUUUACAAAUGAAUAGCAAAUUUUCAUUGACAGCAAAACAGAAAACACUUGCAGUGAUGGAUGAUCAUUAAGGCAAUAAGAAGAGAGUCAGAUUUGUAGUUUAAAACUGUGUGUCUCCUUAGAGGUGUCAGAUUUUAAUGAAUAUUUUACCCACAAUAAUUGCCUAUUUUGUUAUAAAACUUUCUUUAACUAUAAACUCUGUAACUGUGGGAAUUAUUUUCUUUACAUAGUUGCGCACACAUACGUAUAUAUAUAUAUAUAUAAUAUAUAUAUUUUUCUUUUCCCACCUACUCCUGGCUUUUCCUUUUUUGUUUUUGUUUUGAGAAUAAAUAUAAAUUAGAAUUUAUCUUCCUUAAUCAUGUGAAAUGAAAAGGGGUAUGGUGGCUGGGUAAAACAUCUGGGGGAUAUUAGCUACAAGAAAAAAAUAUGGGCAAGUUCUCCUCUUUUCUACAAACAAUUUCAGAUGUUUGGUUUUGGGUUUUUUUCUUUUCCAUGUGAUGUGCAUGUUUUAACCAAUGGGAGAUUUCAGAGUCAACAGUCAGUUUUUAUAUACAUCUCAGACUGCAUCUGUGUCAUAUCUUCCAUGGUGGCUCUGCACUGGAGAGACACAGGCCUCUGAGCUGAGCAAUUAUAAAUACAUUUCUGCAAAAUAUAGAACUAACAUUAUUCAUUCCAUUUGUCAGAAAGAGGAGAACAGCUAAUAAAGUUUAUUGUACAACGUA